AUGCUCUCUGCUGGAAACAGCGUAUCGGCCUCAGGCCGAGGAUCGUCGACUCCGUUUUUGAAUGAAGAUGCAAGCUACAAAGUUGUCCUCCCGCGUCUACCAACCGGUAACGAUGUGCUGAAUUCCAUUUUUCUUCAUGCGGACUUGAGUGGCAGACCAUACCGUGCUCCUGAUUUCCGAGACGCUCUGCUUGAAGUAGUGGAUACUGCAGAUAUUAUAGGUGUAGGACAGUAUCAGAUGAGCCAUGUAUGGAUGGUUACCUGCGCUAGUAGUGCGGCGAAACAUAAACUCGUUGCCUGUGGUGAGCUCCGUGUCAAAGGACUGAAGUGCAUGGUGAUAGAUCCGGAGACUAAAAAUAUCAAGCUCAAAUUACUCUGGCUUCCGCCUCAUCUUGAAGCUCGACGGGUUGAAGAGGCGUUCCAGGCGUACGGUCAGGUGAAGUCUCUCUCGAGAGAGGUGUGGAGAUGCACUGGUAUGGAACAGUGGGUGACGACAAACCGGGAGGUUUCCUUGGUGCUCAAGGAUACUGUCACCGUAAGCUCAAUACCACACAUUAUGUCCAUUUAUGGACACCAGUGCCUGGUACUGAUCCCCGGCAGGCCUCCGCUGUGCCUUCGUUGCAAGCGUGUGGGACAUGUCCGUCGACAAUGCAGAACGCCGAGGUGCUUGCAGUGCCACCGAUUUGGUCACUCGGUGGACGCCUGUGUAUCGACCUAUGCCAAUAAGCUUCGUUCUGGGCAACACAGCGCAGAAGAGCCACAACUGGACCAUCUCAUGGAUGCUACAGAGAUAGUCGAUGCUACCGGAGAAGCCACAGGCGGCAUCAGGGACGAAGAACAGGAGUCUCCAGAGCCAAUGCCGAGCAGCCACAGCAUCCCAAGCGAAACUACUGGCAAUAACUCGGUUUGCACACAUGACCAAGAAAACCUUAAAGAAAAGCCCCCCGAUGGUGACAAGGAAGAAGAGGCGAUGGACAGCAGUCAAGCGAGGAAGCGUCCGGCACCGUGCAACGAUGAAACAACGGGGAGUGCAGUACAGGCACCCGAGAGUGUGCCUUCUAGUGCUCAACGGGUUCCCUCCCCUGGUGAUGGUGUGCCGCGGCGGUUUUGUCAGCGAAGUAAGGAGAGUGCUAUAAAGAAGUGCAAAGGGAGCAAGACCACAGAUUUACCUGUGGCCAAGGGUGAUGAAGAACAAAAGCUUUAGGUGAGCAAAAUGGCUACCACCUUCACCCUCCCCUUAUGUGUAGCGACACUCAACGUGCGUGGGCUGCGGAGUAUAAGGCGUCAGCAGCAGUUACUCCAUGUGCUUAGGCAGCAUGAAAUUGAUGUUGGUGCAGUGCAAGAGACCAAGAUUUCUUCUGCUACCGAUGCUAACCUUGCGCUGCAAAUUUUUCAACCAGAUUAUGAGGUGUGUGUUAGCCAAGCGGUUGGUGCUUCCGCUGGGUGCUUUUUGUUAGUUAGAAAGCAGUUGAAUCACGCUUCAUUGUCGCUACGUGUUGAUGGGGAAGGCCGCUUUCUAUGUUGUGACCUCUCUUUUCGUUCCCGUAAUUGGCGGUUUAUUUGUGUCUAUGCUCCCCUAACAGUGAGCGACAGGAAGGCUUUCUUUCUGUCUCUUGCUCCGUUCCUAGACACUGACAGAGAUUUGGUAGUUUUGGGAGACUUUAACUGUGUUUGUGAUCAUAGAGACCAUUCAUACCUAAGAAAGCGUUAUGAUGCAAGUGCAACUUUGCUUCAGCAAUUACUGGAAGACCACAAUCUAAUAGACGUGGGAGCCUACACGCCUUCUUGCGUGCGGUUCACGCACUUUCAAGGCGUCUCUCAUGCUCGACUUGAUCGUGUGUAUGUUUCGACGGAUCUCUGGUCUCACAUUCACAACUACGCCGUGAAGCCUAUAUUUUUCACAGA